CUUCUUCAGGUGAAAACAGUAAUUUCAAAAUGGCGACGCAAACGUUUUACCGUUUGGCGUUUUUCUGUGCUAUCGUUGCGUUUGUGUUGAUGUUUGUUGCCUUCGCUAGUCCAUAUUGGUACAAAUCUUGGACCAGAGUUCACAGCCCAUUUUCGAAUAUUGGUCUAUGGCACAUCUGUUUGGCGGGCUAUGUGAUGCCAGGGGACCCGAACAUGAAAACUUAUGUCGGCUGUUGGUGGAUUCAUUCGUCGGAAUUUGAUGGAGUAAAGACAUAUUUUAUGCCCUCAUGGUUUAUGGGUAUACAGGCGUUGUCUAUUUUUACUCUGAUACUUGAUGGUUUAUCUAUUCUAUUUCUCGUGGUAUAUCUCUCGGAUCGUUUAUAUGAGAAAUUAUUUGAAAAGAAGAGAUCACUAAUGUAUUUUGUAGCCAGUUUUACCUUACUACUAGCAUCGUUAUUGGUGUUUUUGAUAGCAUUGGUGUUUGCUGAAAUGUGUAACGAUCCAAAAUGGAUGCCCAGACCCUGGAUGAAUUACUUGUCUUGGGGUUACGGAUUCUGUGUGCUAUCCGGGUUCUUCAACGCUUUUGGUGGCAUGUUUUCAUUUGUCAACGCCCUCAUAUUUAAAGAUAAGGAAAAAAAUUACGCAGACAAUCCUGAUCGAGUCAAUUCUAGAGAAAAUAAACUUCGAGCUAAGGAGAUGGAAGCUGCCAGAGAACGAGAGAUUGCCCAGGAGAUGGCGAUGGCCAGAGAUCAGGAGAUGCAGAGAAGAAGUGGGGAUAGUAGCAAUUACAGAUAUCCUGCACAGGAACAGACUAAACAGACUAAAGUUGGAGAGUCAUUUGUUUAAUACAAAAGAAGAAUUUGAUCCCUGAAUAUUAGAGGGAAGAAUAAUGAAGUAUUUAGCAAUUUAUUCAAAUUUUGACUAUUUGAAUUUAAAAUAUUUGUACAUAAACUAAAAACAUUCCAUAUUUUGAAAUAGGCUUCAUCAACAUCCGUGUCAUAAUAUUUUUAACUGUAUAUAUUUAAGUCCCCUUCAUAUCAUUAUAGUAAAGACUAUAUACUGAUGCUGUUUUAGAAGUAAUUUUUUACCAGAGCUGUUUAGUUGCCACUCAAUGUCCUACUGGUAUUAAAAUGUCCAAUCAGUUAGUGUGUCUUCUUGACAAAUGAAAUAGCUUGUAAAAUAUUUUACUUAAAAUGAUCCUUUGGAUUUUGUUAAAAAUUAAGUGCUAAUUUGAUUUAGUUAUGUGUUGGUUUGCUUUUCAAAAUGUGUACACAAUCUGCAUAUGUUUAAAUUUUAAGGUCCUUAGUAAGCCAACAGUUGAGAGUUUACGCACAAAACUAAACUGGGGGGGUUGGAUGGCUGAAUGGUUAGCGUGCGCGCGCUGUAUCAUAAAGUCUGUCAUUGAGUCGACUGGCGUGGUUUCGAAUCCCCGGUUGUACGUGACAAGGAGUAGGGUCGCCUGUCCAACCUCGUGGGUUUUCUCCAGGUCCUCCGGUUUCCUCCCACAGCUAAAGACCCCUACGCACAAGCGAAUUAUAGAAAUCAAAAAAUUAAACCAUAUGUUAGUCCUGAAAUGACCUAGUUUGUGUCAAGUGGACGUUAAACCCCAUUUCUCUCUCUCUCUCUCUCUCUCUCUCUCUCACAAAACUAAACUAAAAGUAGUUAAAUAAGAGAGAGAGAAAUGGGGUUUAACAUCCACUCGACACAAACUAAGCAAAUUAUUGAAAUAAAAUUGAACCAUAUUUUAGUCUCUAAAUGACCUGGAUUGUGUCAUGUGGAUGUCAAAACCUCACUUCUCUCUUUCUCAGCAUUAUAGUCUACGCAUGUAAGCAUAGAAAUAGACAUUUUGUCUCAAAAUGUGGUUUCGAAUCCCCGGUUGUACGUGACAAGGAGUAGGGUCGCCUGUCCAACCUCGUGGGUUUUCUCCGGGUCCUCCGGUUUCCUCCCACUGCUAAAGACCCCUACGCGCAAGCGAAUUGUUGAAAUAAAGUUAAACCAUAUGUUAGUCCCGAAAUGACCUAGUUUGUGUCGAGUGGACGUUAAACCCCAUUUCUCUCUCUCUCUCUUGUCUCAAAAUUACCAAAAUAUUGUGUUGAUGAGACCGUUGACUCCAUCUGUUCCAUUCCAUUCAAAUUGAUUGGUUCUCUGGUAGAAACCAGAUGGUUGGGUCUUACAAUUUCCACCCACUGCUAAAGACCUCUACGCGCAAGCGAAUUAUUGAAAUUAUAAUAAUAUUGAACUAUUUGUUAGUCCUGAAAUGACCUAGUUUGUAUUGAGUGGAUGUUGAAUCCCAUUUCUCUCUCUCUCUGGUAGAAAUUGAAUUAAUGAUUGUUUUAAAUGCUUGCCAUACAUUAGUAAAUUAUGUAAUGUAUAUAUAUUCAGAUAGCUUUGAUUAUAGAUUUAAAUAGUUUUUGAUAGCUUUCAAAAAAAAAAUAUCUCAUAAUGUAAAGAAUAUGAGGUAAAAGGUUUUCUUUUAGUGACAGAAUGAAAUUUAUAUUGCUUCCAGGGUUGAAUAUUAAUUGUUUUAGAUCUUAAACUGCUUCAGGCCCGUAACUUGGGGGGACUUCUGCAAAAAGUUUCGCCCCCAAUCCCCCCUAUGAAAAAUUGUUGACCAUAUAAACAAUUGUCCGUCAAUUUUACAGCACCCCCUGAGAACACUUUCCGCCCCCCCCCUCGUUGCUCUGAGCCAGGUAUGUCCCUGCAGGGCUUGUGUACUGGCAUCCAAUGCUGAUUUUACUAGGUUAAUAUUCAAAUGCUAUUGGAUUCAAUUGAUGUAAUAAAUUUUUGAAAUGGCUAGAAAUUUUAAAAGUGAAAGCCCUGGUUGUAUUGGCAUAUUGAUUCCUUAUUUUACAGAAUGUGGCUGUAAUGAUUAAAAUGUAUAUAAUAUAUUUUUUUAAACAAUAAUUAGAAAAUAUGACCUGUGACAGCAAAAUGAGUCAAAAUCUAAACUUUUGCCUGCUAAAAGACCAUACUAAAUCUAGGCUGCCUGUCUACAGUUAGCUCCGUUUGAGAACAGACACUAAGCUAGUUGACUGACAUUUUAAGUCAUAAAUGGACGAUUUUAGUCAAAAACACUAUAGUUUGAGAAUUUUGUGAAGUGGUUAUUCCACACCCAUUCAAUAAAACUGAAAAUGUGUCUUUGUUCUUUGUGCAUAUGACAGAUAUGAAACGGAAUAGAACUACAUUACAAAAUAGCACACUAAAUUUUGGAUAUGGCGGCCGUUCAGGGCAGAGAUCUAUUCUCGAAGUAUGAAGUAAAUUGAUCUCGGUGUGCAGAAUGGUAAAAGACUUGCGACUCAUUCUGCUGUAACAGUCAAAUAUAGGUCUCUAUAAUAACAAGUUGUAUAAUCUCUAGAUUUUAAUCAUCUGUAUAUAUUGUAAAUCAUUUUAUAAAAUCAUUUUAUAAUAAAUCUUACAUUAAAAAA